GCAUGUUAUCAACUUUUACAGGUGGACUAGACCUACAUUUAUUAGUAUUAGAUUAUAAUUAUCUAGUAAUAUAGAUCUAGAAUCUAGGAUAGUUCAGACUGACCAGAUAAAAAAAAAGAAAAUUACUUCAUCAUGCCGAGAUCACAGCCUUCUAUGUCUGAAGAAGAAAGGAGACAGUUGAUAGAAAAAUUGAACUCAGAUCUUGAAGAUUUUGUUGCUGAGAGGUCAAUAGCUGCUAGGAAUAAGAAAAAAACUGAGCCUGAAGAUACAAGAACUAUUGAUGAAAUAGCUGAGGAACUAAAAAAUCAUCCAGCCUUUAUGACUGAAAUAGACUGGAGCAAACCUUUGCCUCCUGAAAUUGAAGGGUUAAUGCAGCUUAAAUAUGAAUCAGAAAAUCCAACAGCCCGUGCUGAUAGUUACAGAGAUGAUGGAAAUGAACAGUUUAAACUGAAGAAAUACAAAAUAGCUAUUGCCAACUACACAGAAGGAAUAACUUGUAGAUGUCCAGAUGCUGAGUUGAACGCUAUUUUAUAUGCAAACAGAGCUGCUGCCCAGUUUUAUUUAGGUAACUUUAGAUCUGCAUUCAAUGAUUGUAUUUUUGCUCGCAAGUUUAAAGCUGACCAUAUGAAAGCCAUUGUUAGAGGGGCACAUUGUUGCUACAAAAUGAGCAAGUAUACCGAUGCCAUCAGAUGGUGUGAUGCUGCUCUCAUGAUAGAUCCUGAAAAUAAGGAGAUAUUAGAGCUGAGAGUAAAAAGUGAGCAAGGAAAGAAAGCUGUUGAAAGAGAUGAAAGAAAGCAAGCUGCACAGGAGCGCAAGGAAGAAGCUGAAGAGAAAAAACUACUUCAAAUUAUAUUGAUGCGAGGUAUUCAAGUGGCUAGCAUGAAGGUUUCCAAAGACGUCAAGUUUGACCCGCUGCUUCUGACAGCAUUAGAGUCCCACAACCCAACUGGGGCUAAAGUUCAUGUUGAUGGAGAAGGAAAACUUCACUGGCCUGUCAUUUUCUUUUAUCCGGAGUAUGCUGAGACAGACUUCAUACAUGACUUCAAUGAGGAACACUGCUUCUAUGACCAUUUGGCUCACAUGUUUGGUCCAGAGGUAGAGCCACCAUCUUGGGAUGAGGAACAUAAGUAUACAGCUGAUACUAUAGAGAUUUAUUUUGAGCACAAAGAAGACGAGAAACUCUACAAAGUUGACCCUCAUUCUAGUCUUUUACAAGCUUUACAGCAUCAAAAGUACCUAGUUUAUGCUGGGACUCCAGGAUUUAUUCUCUGUGUUCGAGACUCUAGAUUUCAGAAAGAAUUAUUGAACAGAUAUAAACUUUGACAUUUACAUACAAUUAAACAUUUAUUAAAUGUAACAA